AUGAAGGCGAAUGGGAGCUGGCGGGGAGCGGUCUGCAUAUUCAUUUAUUUCACCAGGAUUUAUGUCCAUCUAUGCAGCAAUUUAUGGAUUAUGCGAAUGACAUUUAGAGCAGCCCCUGAACCGGGUUACGAUGAGCUCAGUGUGUAUCCUAAUAUGAUUUAAUUUUGUGUUUCACAGACCGGUGUUAUAUUAUUAGGGUAGUAAUCUAAGACUAGGACGUUAUUUACUUCAAGUCCCCUCGCAGAAUGAACAUGGAUGAAGACAACCGAGUGCCUGAAGAUCUCUCACUUGAAGAGAGAGAUGAGCUGUCCAACAUCAGACGGAGGAAAAAAGAGCUGCUAGAUGACAUUGAGCGGUUGAAGUUCGAGAUCUCAGAAGUCAUGACAGAGAUUGAACAUUUAACGUGUGUCAGAGAGACCAAAAGCACUCAGAGGAACAAGCAGAUUGCUGUUGGAAGAAAAAAAUUCAAUAUGGAUCCUAAAAAGGGAAUCCAAUUUCUUUUGGAGAAUGAUCUUCUGCAGCAUACACCUGAGGACAUCGCACAGUUCCUCUAUAAAGGAGAAGGCUUAAACAAAACUGUCAUAGGAGAUUAUUUAGGGGAACGAGAUGACUUCAACAUUAAGGUUUUGCAGGCGUUUGUGGAGCUUCAUGAGUUUGCUGAUCUCAACCUGGUGCAAGCAUUGAGGCAGUUUUUGUGGAGUUUCAGACUUCCUGGUGAAGCACAGAAAAUUGAUCGAAUGAUGGAGGCCUUUGCUGCUCGAUAUUGCCAGUGUAACCCAGGUGUCUUUCAGUCCACAGACACAUGCUAUGUUCUCUCAUUCUCCGUCAUCAUGCUUAACACCAGCUUGCACAAUCCUAAUGUCAGAGACAAGCCCACGGUGGAAAGAUUCAUAUCCAUGAAUCGAGGAAUCAACGAGGGAGGAGAUCUACCUGAGGAGCUGCUCAGAAAUUUAUAUGAAAGCAUUAAGAAUGAGCCUUUCAAAAUUCCUGAAGACGAUGGGAAUGAUUUAACUCAUACAUUCUUUAAUCCAGACAGAGAGGGAUGGCUGCUAAAACUAGGGGGAAGGGUGAAGACCUGGAAGAGGAGGUGGUUCAUUCUGACAGAUAACUGUCUGUAUUAUUUUGAAUAUACAACAGACAAAGAGCCUCGGGGGAUCAUUCCACUGGAGAAUCUUAGUAUAAGAGAGGUGGAGGAACCAAGAAAACCAAAUUGCUUUGAGCUCUACAACCCCAGUCAUAAGGGGCAGGUAAUUAAGGCAUGCAAGACGGAGGCUGACGGGAAAGUGGUGGAAGGGAAUCACGUGGUGUACAGAAUAUCCGCACCCACGCCGGAGGAGAAAGAAGAGUGGAUCAAAUCCAUCAAGGCAAGCAUUAGCAGGGAUCCUUUUUACGACAUGUUGGCUACGAGGAAACGACGAGUGGCCACUAAAAAGUGAGCUGUAAAACCUUUGGUUCAGGUUUAAUAAUUACUCUUCAAGUGGAAGACUUCAUGUGAGAUCCUGCACACCACAAGAGGUGACAGACAGACAGAGACAAAAGCUCUCUCUGAGGAUAAAGAAGGACAUGAUUUUAAAAAUGAUGGUGCCUAUAGGUCCUGUGGUAAUCUAGGGGAUGUGUACUAAAUAUUUCUCUCCGAAUGGAUUGUAUGUGGAAAACAAAGAUGGUGAUGAUGUAUUUAUAUGCUGAAUAUGAAUAUGCAUUUGCUUUAAGAAAGAUGACUGAUUUGACUAUGCUAUAAUAUUGCCUAAUUUUGUGAGGGUCUAAUAUACAGUGAGUAGCGCCCCCUGCUGCCUACAACAGGAGCCGUCUGCUAUCGCAAAUUUCCAGGUAUAGUUAUGUGGAGACGUUCUCAAGUCAAAAGUCCAAAUUUAAGCUCUGGAAAUGAAUAGAUGUGGAUAAAAUGUAUGUAAAGUAUACCAGAAAUCUGGUGACAAAAAAUGUCAGAUAUAGUUUAUGAACACAGAAAAUAGAUCCAUAUGGCAGGGAUUCAUGCUGAGUAUAAUUUUUAGUGCUAUGGUAUGAUAUCAAAUAUUGUGUUAAUUGCAUCAUUAGUUUUAAUAGAUUUUAUUUUCAUUUGUGUCAUAUCAUAGUCAUCCAAAUCAGCAGGACUGGUUACAUGAAUUGGAAGAGAAAAUAAUUCAUAUUAUAUUUAUUAUGUUUUUAAGGUCCUUAAUAGGCCUAGUGUUAUAAUAUACUGUAAAAAUUAAUUUCUGAAGUUCUCUUACUAUGUUUUUAUGGUUUGAUGCGUUUUUAAGAAUAAUGCAGGCUCUUUUAUUUGUAUUCACCUUUUGAUUUAAAUGGUUGCUGAUAUAAGUUAACAUAUUUUGUUGUAUUUAUGUAAUAUUGCCAAUGUUAUAUGAAUCUAUUGUUUUGUUUUUUUUACUAUGUUUGUAAAUAACACACACACAUAUAAUCACAAAAUGCAUAAUUAUUUUUAUUAUUUGAACUUUUUUGGAAACUCCAUGGAUCUAAAUCUUAUGUAUAUGCAAUUUUUGUAUACAGCUAAUAAGCUGAAAACUCUUAGGUGAAGGCUGUAUGGUUCUGCAAACAUGAAACUCAUGAUUUUUCAUAGUUUAUUGUAGAGUGUAAUGGAAAUACUCAUAGAUACCCUGUUAAAAGAUUAAUUAAUCUGUAUGAUUCAAUUUAAAUUAACCACUGUCCACUGUCAUCACUGUCCAGUUCCACGUAGGACAGCAAUACUAAUUAUAGCGAAAUAUACAGAAUACAAUUUAUGACAUAAAUUCUACAAACAAUGAGGCCCACUUUUCUAAGUUCACCUGUUAACAUCAUAGCGAUAAAACUGAACCAAAACUAAAAAGGGUUCAUACUGAAUACCUGAAUAAUUUUAUGGAAAACUAUGGAGUUUUUUAAUAAUAUGUAAUAUUAUAUUAUAAUAGUUAAUAUAAUAAGUAAAAUACUGUCGGUUGUAUUCUGGUUAACAUUUGUGUGGUAAAUAUGCAGCAUGCUCUUAAGACUGUAUUUCAGAACUCUAUAUGUGUCAGUAAUAGGAAUUCAGAUAUCUCAGAUGAAACAUAAACAGGUUUGUCAGUCCUGUCAGUCAAGUCGUUGGCCCUGAACUCAUGACCUUAGCAAAUGACCUAAUAAAACUCUUUUAUGUUGAGA